GGAAACGUGGCUUGCAUGAAAGAGUUCCACGGCGCCUAUAGGCUAUAUAUUGAGCCACUACCCUUCCUUUCUUUUCGACUGCGUGAGUCAAGGAGUCCCACUCUUUCCAAACUCUUGCUUAAUUCUAUUUCGCUUCCCUGUUUGCCUCUUUUGCUAUUUCGCUUUCGAGGAGGAAAAACGCGGCUAUUCGGCUACGGGAUCGGAAUACAUUUGUUGCAAACAGAGGAUCCAGAUCAUAACAUGCCAAAGAAGACUGAAAUCAACCCGAAGGAUAAUCAUAUAUCUUUCCAGUGUGAGAGCAUGAGCACCGUGGAGAAGAAGCUGAAGGAGAUGGGGAUUACUCACGUCCGGGCGAUGGUGGAGGAAGGUGGGAUUCACGUUGAUCAAAUCUUUUUUCACGACCCUGAUGGCUUCAUGAUCGAGAUAUGCAACUGUGACAAUCUGCCCGUCGUCCCUCUGGUGGGUGAGAUGGCUCGGUCUUGCUCGCGUGUAAACCUCCGGAUGAUCCAGCAGCAACAGCAGCAGAUCCGAGUGGUCCAUCAAUAGAAGAAUUGUUGGGUGGAGUGACGAGAAUAAAACCAUCCCAACUAGUUUGUCCCAUUUUCGUGUCUCGUUUUGUGUCCUCUUUGUAAUAAGACAACCUUUUAAUUCUUAAUGGGAAACGGUUGCUUUCCAACUUUAUUAAGAAUUGGAAUUUCCUUAGCUGUCUUGCAUAUUCUGAUCUCAAAUGCCAUGUUGUUAUUGGCAACACCAACAACUUGACUUUUAAGUCAGUUCCGUGACUCAUGUGUGGGGUACGGAGAGAUAAGAAUUGUGCGUGGUAAAGUGGUCACCAACUUCUAGGUUCUACUGAGUCUGCGAUAGUUUGCUUUUGUUCACCUGAGAACCUGUAGAAAUUGUAUGUUCCAAUUUGGAUGAAAGAGAUUUUCAUUCUAGUCUA